GAGAGGUUGUUUUAUUUUAGCAACGCGCAUGCGUGGUGCGGCUUGCACGCUUUCAAGCAGGAGAGCGCGAGGGAGAGUCAAAGAUGUCAGCAAAGAAAAGUAAAGGUAAAGGAAGGAAAUCGCAGGAAGAAGGAGACAGCAGAGAUGGAUCCGGGAUGGAUUUGGACACUUCGGGAUGUUUUGGGCUGUGUGUGACAGAUUUUAUAGAAAAAGCAGAGGAAAAGGUUCCAAAACGUUCCCGAUCAAUUCUGGCUCAAAUGAGCCUAAACACCAUGAAGGGUUUGUCUGCUUGUAUUGGACGGCCCGUCCUCAUCACCAGCUCUACAGGAUGCCAGGAGGUGUGUAUAGCGUGGCCUGCAGCCCAGUUUCCUGGGAGGAAAGUAGGUCUGACGUCUGACACGCAGUGCAUUCUGGGAGUGAAGGCUGGAGAUGCGAUCACUGUGGAGCCUAUCACUGGAGCUGUUCUUCAUGCGGAAGAGCUUGAGCUUAUGUUGAGGAAAGAGGACGAGGUUCUGGAGACUGAAGAGUUUCAGAGCUUCCUCCGACAGUCACUAGACUAUAGGAUUCUGCUUCCUGGCAGUUCCUUCUUCGUCUCCUAUUUCGGCCGUAAGUGCCAGAUCGGCGUGACGUCUCUCAAAGGCGUUGACGGAGUCUCCCUCUCUUCUCCAUCACCCUCUCUCUCUGCCCCACCGUGCCUCGCUUCCGAAUCGGACACUGCCGCACCUCUGGAUCUCUCUCUGCAGCUGGGCCAGCUGACCCUCGACCCAUCCUGCAGCACGCCAAAACGAUCCUCCACCACCGUACCUCUCACUCCCACCACUCCCUUCACCCCGAGUGCCACGUCCUCCACCCCCGGCACCCACUUACUGUCUGACGGCGCGCUUCCUCUUCCCCUCACCCAGAAACGCCCAAUCAGUCUACACACGAAGGGCCAGAAGCACAAGCUUGUACAGACAGAAAACCCCAUCUGCCAUCUGCUGGCCGAAAUGGGAAUGACACCUUCUACUCCGUCUGUAGCUCCACCAGAAUCAGCUUCACACUCUUACACUCAGGACAGUAAAGACGAGGGACAGGAGAGGUCAAAGGUCACGUAUAGUAUGAUCGGAGGGCUGGAGGCUCAGCUGCAGGUGAUCAGGGAGACGAUCGAGCUGCCGCUGAAACACCCAGAUAUCUUCAAGAAGUACGGAAUCCCGCCCCCUAGAGGCGUGCUGUUGUAUGGCCCGCCAGGCACAGGGAAGACUAUGAUUGGACGAGCGAUAGCCAGCGAGGUUGGCGCACACAUAAGUGUUAUCAACGGCCCUGAAAUAGUGAGCAAGUUUUAUGGAGAAACUGAGGCACGGCUGCGUCAGAUAUUUGCAGAGGCUGCGAAAAGGCAGCCAGCGAUCAUCUUUAUAGACGAGCUUGAUGCACUUUGUCCGAAAAGAGAGGGAGCGCAGAACGAGGUGGAGAAACGAGUGGUCGCGUCACUGCUCACGCUCAUGGACGGCAUUGGAUCUGAAAGUCACAGUGGCUCUCUGCUGGUCCUGGGAGCCACGAACAGACCUGAGGCGCUGGACCCGGCUCUGCGGCGCCCGGGUCGCUUUGAUCAGGAGCUGGAGGUGGGAGUGCCGUCAGCACAGGGACGAAUGGAUAUUUUAAGCAAGCAGCUUUGCUCCGUCCCCAACGACAUCACCACCGAGGAGCUGCAGGAACUAGCUGACGCGGCGCAUGGAUAUGUAGGAGCUGACCUUGCCGCUGUGUGCAAGGAGGCCGGGCUCCAUGCAUUGAGAAGAGUGCUCUCCUCCACUCCAGGCAUCUCUGACAAUGUCCUAAUGGACAGAGUGAAGGUCACAACCUCUGAUCUUCGACUGGCCAUGACUCAAGUUAAACCCAGUGCCAUGAGAGAAGUGGCAAUCGAUGUGCCAAAGGUGUGUUGGAGCGAUGUAGGAGGAAUGGAGGAUGUGAAGCUGAAGCUGAAACAGGCUGUCGAGUGGCCGUUAAAGCAUGCCGAGGCGUUCUGUCGGCUCUCCAUAACGCCCCCUAAAGGUGUGCUGCUGUACGGACCACCUGGCUGCUCAAAGACCAUGAUUGCGAAAGCACUUGCAAAUGAGAGCAAGCUGAACUUCAUUGCCAUCAAGGGUCCCGAGUUACUAAGUAAAUAUGUCGGAGAGUCUGAGAGAGCCGUAAGGGAGGUUUUCCGGAAAGCGCGGUCCGUGGCGCCCUCCAUUGUUUUCUUCGACGAGAUCGACGCUCUGGCUGUAGAAAGGAGCAGCGCGUCCGGCUCAAGCGGCGUCGCAGACCGGGUGUUAGCGCAGUUGCUGACAGAGAUGGAUGGAAUCGAGCAACUCAAGGACGUCACGGUUCUCGCCGCCACUAACAGACCGGACAUGAUCGACAAGGCUCUAAUGCGUCCCGGCCGUUUAGAUCGGAUCGUGUACGUUCCUCUCCCUGACGCGGCGACCAGGAGAGAGAUCUUCAGCCUGCAGUUCCGUAAAAUGCCCGUGCAUCCCAGCGUGCACCUGGAGGACCUCGUGACCCGCACGGAACGCUACUCAGGAGCGGAGAUUACCGCAGUGUGUCGUGAAGCCGCACUUUUCGCCCUGCAGGAGGACAUAAAAGCCGAACUCAUCGCAGUCAGCCAUUUUGAAUCCGCCCUGGCAGUCAUAAAGCCUCGAGUGCCGGACUCGCUUCUUCGCUUAUACGCCGACUACCAGCUGCAAAACGGCUCCGGAUCCUUCCACUGACACUGCUGUGUGUGUGUGUGUGUGUGUGUGUGUGUGUGCGCAAAACAUCUUCGGAACGAAAUACCUCCAACCUUUAUUACACUUGGGUGACGAUACAACAUAAACAUGUACACGCUACCGACUCCUACUGUGUAAACGCCUAUAAAAUAAAAAGUGUUAUUACGUAA